UGACAGAAGCGCACAGUUUGGCAUUUAUCUGAAAUGCCAGAAAGUUUAUUUGCGCUUCGUGUAGUCUCAAAAUAUUUGUUCAACGCUGAAAUGUUUGUUGUUUACAUCGUUCAGCUGGGUUUCAAGUAACGGCGACAAAGAUUUAUUGUAAAAUAUGUUUAAAUUUGGUUUCCAACUGGAGCUGGAGGAGGAAGCACUACCGAAAGAUGAAGAAACUAAAACGUUGAUCGGCGGCACACGCGGACAGGAAGCGGAUCAAAAUGGUGUGGCACGUGUGCCGGCCAACGACUGCGAAGAACUCCACAUGGCCACGAGUUUACCAGAGACAAUCAAUCCAGAAACGGUCAAUUGUUUUAAACUUUCGGAGGAAUGUACAAUCGAGUACCUGAAUCAUCUCGCGCUACUGAUGGAAAAAACGUUUAGCGAAGAGAUUGUGACCGCCGAGGCGGAUCAUUCCGAUCUGGUCCCCAACCGGUACGAAGGCGGAUUGAAGGUGUGGGAAUGCACAUUCGAUCUGGGAACGUUUUUGGCCGAUUCCUCCGAACUGAAGGCACAGUUCGUGGCAAAAACGGUGCUCGAUCUCGGCUGUGGCGCUGGAAUUCUCGGCAUCGAAGCGAAACUGUUGGGCGCGAGCGAAGUGCACUUUCAGGACUACAACAAAGAUGUCCUCACGAAAACGACGAUGGUAAACUAUGCGCUGAACGAUCGAUCGGACGAGGAUAGUUGUAAAUCGGACACCACGGUAGUUAGAUUUUUCUCCGGCGAUUGGGCUAGCUUUACGGAACGGUACGAAACCACGUACGAUCUCAUACUCACAUCGGAGACGAUCUACAACACAGAAAACUAUGGCAAGCUGCUCGAUCUUUUCGAUCGCAAACUGUCGCCCGGUGGAAUAGUGUAUCUGGCGGCCAAAACGUACUACUUUGGCGUUGGCGGCGGUAUUCGCCUGUUCGAGAAGCAAAUCGACACGGAUGGACGGUUUCGCUAUGAAACCGUGUGGCGCUGUGAUUCCGGUGUUAAGCGGGAAAUAAUGAAAAUUGAGCGUAAAUAGUACCAUCAAUACGCCAUUAUUUUUAGGAGUUGGAAACAAUAAAACUGUUGUGCAUUUUAUGCGCGUAUUUCGA